UAUCGCCUAAAGAGCACGGAGCACACAGCAAGAUCACAGAGUACAUUGCCCCACCUGCACAAGACAAUUUACGGCAAGGUACAACAACAGCAGCCGGAGAAUGACGGAAAAAGCAGCAACAGCAGCAACGCUCAUCAUGCUGCUCGACUCCAGCCAAGCGUUCACGUCCAGUUUCUUCUCUCCCAGCAAACUGGCGAUGCAUCGUAGCCCAUCCUCCUCCAGCACUGCAGUCCCCACCACGACAGUCACCAUGGACUGCAGUCCGUGGGACUUGGAGUGCUACGGCGUGGACCCGUUUGGGCGUGAGCGGGGCAGGGGGAGAGGCGGCAGGGGCGGCCGCGGCGGCGGCGGUGGGCGAAAAAGGGGGAUGCAACGGUACCGCCCAUCAUUCGGUCCCAUGAUUUUCGCGCCCUCGGAGGGUCAGCCCAACCAACACCUUCGGGUCGGCGACCCCGUCAUUAUUCUGGAGACCGAUGACCUCUACGCGCUGGCCUUUGACCUUCCGGCAGGGGUCGACCACGACGGGCUGGAUGUGUCCGUCAGCGAUCGUCUGCUGACGGUCAAGGCCAGCAUCACCCGCGAACAGGAGGCCGAUCCCUUCACCACCAGAGGUGGAUGGGUCACGCGCUCCAGCCGGGUAGACUCUGUGUCUCGCUCGUUCGUGCUUCCGGAGGGCCUUGUAGAGUCUAGUGCGACUGCUUCGCUCGCGGAGAGCAAGGCUGAGGUGAGGUUCAACAAGGACAAGUCGGUGCGCGGUGAAGCGGCGUCCACUGCGGCGCCACCCGUCACCCCGUCCACGACCGGCACCGUCGCUUCCGCGGGGGACACGACCGCCGCCCCUGCUUCUUCGGCCGACGCCGGAAGAACGCCGCUCACUGACUCUACCGGCAGCACGCCUGCUGCUGGGCCCUCGGCUGCAGCUGCAUCUUCUUCUGCAUCGUCUCCCGCCGACGCCGCGUCCACUCCUGCUGCUUCUACUGAGCCCCGGCCUUCGCGCCCCGCGUCCCCGUUUGAGGCUGUGGACCAGGAGUUCCGCGAGUUCGCCAAGGCGAUGUGGGGGGAGGACGUGCUCGAGCGGCUGCAGGUGCCCACGCAGGAGGAGCUGGCGGAGCAGGCCGCGAUGGCCCGGGAGGCGUGGGCGAAGCGCGAGGCUGAGUUCGAGGAGAGGGCCAGGGCGGCGAAGGAGGCCAGGGCGAAGCGCGUGCUGGCGAUGAGGAGGGCGACGAUGGCGGCGGACAUCUCGCUGUCGGAGGACGGAUCGUCGUACGUUGUCAGGUUCGCUCUACCGGAGGGCACCACUCGCGAGGACGUCAAGCUCACGGUCAACCCUUCAAAAUCUAUCCGCGUCGCGGUCUCUGCUACAAGUACCGCUGCUGCAGGGGGCGGCGGCGGCGGCGGCGGCCCCGACCGCUCCGUCUACAAGGACGUGGCUCUCCCGAAGGACGCCAUCCUCUCCGAAAUCUCGGCAAAGUUCGAGGCCGAGCAGCACCCCGACGAAAAGGGCAACGCCGAGGAGGGGGGCGAGAAGGCGACGGCCGGUGGCGGCGGCGCUACUAAGGAGGGGGCGGUUGCGGGCGUGGAGGUAACCGUAGGCAAAGCAUCUCCACCGCAGCCCAAGAACGUCGAGAUCUUGUAACAAAUCGCUUGGCGUAUUACUUAAGUAUCAUGUGCGCGACGUCGGCAGGCCUAUUGCUUUUGGGGGUUCGAUGGGUUUCCUUUGGUUCGAUUGACUUCGUCGAAGUGAAGUACGGUCGUGUUGGUGUGCAAUGUGGAGGAGUUACGCCGAAUAAAUCACCAGAAGUCAGGUGGUAUGUUCCUCUUUGUUUCGUGUUGUGGCGUUCGUGAAUAUCAGUGUGUGUGUGUUGGACGUUAUGCUCUCCGCUACGUGUGAGUUGGUAAAACGCGAAUUGUAAGAACGCGGGAGGAAAAUAUUUUCUGUUUCGUCUCUGUCGAAGCGGAUGGGAGAAAAGGGUGCAUAUAUAUAGAGGAGUUUGGGGCUCUCAGGAAAGCAUGGGUCGAAAAGGGACAGCUGCCAAGAGAAAAAAGCGGCUGGCCGUCU